AUGACUCAUCACCUCCAUGAAUCCUCAUCUAAGAACACUAUGGCUCCUUCCAAGAGGUUCCUUCUAGAACCUUCCACUCCAUCUUCAUCCACUAUGAAUUUGCAUCCAAAAGCUCACACGCGACGCAGCAGCCGUGUGAGGAGUAGGAGAGAGUUUGGAGCUGAAGCUCAUGAGGUUCCAAGUGGUCCAAACCCUAUCUCCAACUAG